CCUCCGUGCAACUCGCUGACCGCCAACAGGAAGUCCGUGAUAUAUUCAAUAUUCUUCGCGAACACCACAAUUCAAAGGCGCCAAUUCUUCCAGUUAGUAGGAUUGUAAAGCUGGAAGAUGAGCAGAGUGUUGCCUGGAAUAUCAGAAAAUUGGAAGCAAUCGUAUUUUGGGAUCAUGAACCUGCUGUGGCAGUGUAUAAAAAAAGAUAAUUAAGUAUGCUGCCAGAGAGUAGCUGCUUUUCUUCUAGUCACAAAAUAUGUUGAAGGAUGCCUCCUAAGAAUUUCAUCACAUGAAGUCUUUCUGAAUCUCAAUGGACUCUUUCUAGAAAUGCAGAUAAAGAUGAUGAAGGAUAUUGGACAGCAGUUAUAUACUCCACAAGUGAAUGACAGACACAAUUCCUUGACCAUGUCACUCAAGCAACCUAAUGCUAAUAGAGUGACUCAACCAGAUGGACAAGAAGCUCAAGCCCUUUUCUAUCAAGGCUUAGAGACAGAGGCUGCCAUGAUGACCAUUGCUACAUGUAUAAAAUGCAAAAGUGUUCACAAAGUCCCUCUUCAAGACUUAAAAAAGGGUAUUGGACAAAGCCAAAAAGACAAAUACGUCUGUUUCACAUGUAGCCUUGGUGUGCCUCCUCCCCGUUUUCAUUUUGUGAACAAUAAUUGCAGUGCUGCUCAUGUAGGAAAUACAGCUGAAGCCAUCUCCAGCUCUGUCGGUAAUAAAUUUAAGGUAAGGAACUUUAAGCCAGGCAAAUACUAUUGUGAUAAAUGCCGAUUUUCCACCAAGGACCCUCUGCAGUACAGAAAGCACACACUUCAGCAUGAAGAGAUCAAAUUCAUUUGUUCUCACUGCAGCUACAUUUCAUAUACAAAAGGAGAGUUUCAAAGGCAUUUGGUGAAACAUACAGGUGUAUUCCCUUAUCAAUGUGAGUAUUGUGACUAUGGUGCUAUUAGGAAUGAUUAUAUUGUCAAACACAGGAAGAGAGUACACGAGAAGGUUGGUGGUAAACGGCCACCCAAAACUGUUGCCAAGUUGGAGCCAAAAAGAACUAGCACAUCCAAACAAAACCCAGAGCUUUUAAAAGCUUCCAAUCUGAGUACAACAUUUCAAAAUAAAUUGUCCGAUCAACUUUCCAGGUUCUCCCUCCACACAAAUAAAGACAAGAUGCACAAUAUCAUGCUGAUACCAGAAUCAAAGGAAUACCAAAAAGAUGUAGUGUGUAUUCCAAAUAAAAUGACCCUGUCUGAGCCGAGUGACGUCAGCCUGUUUGAGAACAAAAAUGUUGAGGUAGAAGUGUUAUCCCCAGCAAAAGAGCCCGUUCAGCCAGGCGUGCCAUUAACAGUUGUAGCACCAGCAGAACUAGUUGUCCCUGCAAACUGUUUAGCCCAGCUGAUAGACGUGAAGGUUGUCAAUGGAACACAGCAACUUGUUCUGAAACUCUUUCCUCUGGAAGAAAAUAAUAGUCUUGAAGCAGGUGGAGGGGAUGGAGGUAAUUCUGAGCUUAUGAUGAAAGAGGUUUCGAGUGAACAAGAAAAAACAUCUUCAGAACAAACAAAGUCACAGAUGGUUGAGGGGAAUGUUGGAAAACUUGCAGGCCUUGAUAAUCUUCAAUCUUCAGUGCACAAACAACUGAAAAAUGUGAAAUGGUUAAAGUCUUAUGAUUUCUUCAUGUCAAAUUCUAGUGUGUACAGCCAGGGAGAAUCCUUUCUAAGCCCUGAUAGAGUUGAGGAUUUGCAGAAAAAAAAUAAUUUGUAUCCACAUAGAACUGCACCUCCUUCCAUUGCCUUAAAAGGUCAUUCUCCAUCAUCUGUAGUAAAAAACAGUGUUUUAUGUGGUCUUGGAACUGUAUCAAACCGUUUUCCAUAUAAGGCUGCGGCUUUUCCUGAAGAUGGACAGAAUUUACACAGCGACUCACAGCCAUUGUUUCCUCUUGCUGUACCGCCUGCAGCCUUUUCCUUCUGUGGAGAAAAGGGCUUGUUGCCUGUAAGUGAAAAUGACUUUGAAUCUAGAAGUGAAAUCAGUAUUCCUUUAAAAAUGGUUUCCUCUAACAGGAAGCUGAAAGAUAACCAGACAGAGGCAGUUUCAGAUAUAGACCAGGUCUCCUCUCAACAUAAAAGUGAAUAUCUACACAUAAACAUAACUGGAGAAGAUAGAUCUCAACAACCCAGGGAGAAGCCUUUGGAGUUAAAGAAUUCUGAAAGAAAUAACGACUGUUUUGAUGGUCCAGUCAUCUCAUCAGUAUUUUCUCUGAGCUCUGGAUCUGAAAACGUUCCUGAAGGCAUCAAGUGGAAUAGUUCAACUUCCAAAAUAAAGUCAAUUGAACUGUUACGCAGAAAGAUAGCUCAGUUAAUUGAGUCCUGUGGCAAGCCUUCAACUUUGGCUGCAAAUAAUGCACAUCGUCGUCCUGUAGGGCAAGCAUCAAAGGUAACUUCAAAAGCUACCUCUGAAAGUAUUCAAGAAAUUAAUGUGUCAUUUACUGGCUCUGGCUAUUCCACAGGUACUCCCCAAAAAUCUCAGGAUGAUGGUGGUAUUAGUGGACAGAUUACUCAUGAGCAGAUAUACCCACAGUUUAUAGAUGGCAGUGAUGGGACGACCAAAAGCAGAAUAAUCAGGAAGGCUCAUGUUGCUGCUCCAGUGUUGAUCCCCAAAGGGGCUGUGUUGAGGGUUCUUAAUUCCUCCAAGGAUGCCCACAUUAUAGAGGCUACCUGUGAAGCACCUGUCGGCAUACCUUGCAGUGAAACACGGUUAAUAAAACCUGUUCCAUUCUGCCCUGUGAAACAGACUGACUCAGACUUACAGAUACUGGCAAAUGAAAGUGGGCCAAUAGACAUGUCCCAACACCUGGAGACAUCUCUUCAGCCUAAGCCAAAAAAAGAGAGUGCUCUCUGUACCACGACCCCUAGAAAAGCUGUCCCCCUGCAUGGACAGCAAGGAAGCAGUGAAUUGAGUAGGCAAGGGAAACUGCUUUCCAGAAAUCUUCCCAUAAAUCGAAAUAAAACUAAACAAGUAAACUCAUCCAAGAAGAAGAACAAAAUUCAGGCUGAUCCCAGCUGCUAUCUCAAGGAUCCUUCAAUUUUUCAGGUUGCAAGACAACUUCGACUUAUAGCGGCUAAACCAGACCAGUUGAUUAAAUGCCCCCGUCGGAACCAGCCAGUCAUUGUGUUGAACCAUCCCGAUGUGGACUCACCAGAAGUGACCAAUGUGAUGAAGGUAAUAAACAAGUACAAAGGCAAUGUCCUCAAAGUCGUCCUAUCAGAGAGAACCAGGUGCCAGCUAGGCAUCAGACGGCAUCAUGUGCGGCUCACCUACCAGAAUGCAGAAGAAGCCAAUCGUAUAAAACGGCAAAUGAUGUUGAAAAUGAAACUUAAAAAAGUUCAUAAGAACAACUACCAGGUGGUGGAUUCCUUGCCUGAUGAUGCAUCACAGUGUAUAUUUAAGUGCUGGUUUUGUGGGCGGCUGUAUGAAGACCAGGAAGAGUGGAUGAGUCAUGGCCAACGGCACUUGAUAGAAGCAACUAGAGAUUGGGAUGUUCUUUCUUCCAAGGGCAAAUAAUAAGUAAAAAAUUGGUCUUUGGAGCAAAUUGUUUUAGUUGAUGCUCGUUCAGCUCCCCUCCCCCACCCCAACUCAGUAGGAGAAAUACAGACUGUAGGGAUGGAAGGAUUGUUAAUUCUUCAGAUAUCCUGUAGGAAUGUUGAGAUCCAGGGUUCUUAACCUGGGAUAUGUCACUGGGCCUCGGAAAGUCUUCAAAGCUCCUGAAAUUGUACGCACAAAUGUAUGUACAUGCAUUUUUUGGAAAGAGAACAUGUGAAACUUUUUCAGUAGAUUUUCAGUGAGGUCUGAGACCUUUCUUUGUUUAGUACCCCAUUUUCUGAGUAGAUACAGAUCUUUCAUAAUCUGUGGAGAGGGGUGAGUUUAGAAUGUUUUACUUAUGUUCUUUAUAUAACAAAAUGCUACUGAAGAAUUAAACAAAUGUCUUUGUGUCCACAUCCACUCUGGUUUUGCUUUAACUCGUCUCCUGAAUAUUUCGUACAUCAUGGAAAUUAUAUUUUCUGCUUUAUUAGUUGUCUUAAAUUUGGUUAUAGAAAAAAUGACCAUUCUUUUUAAUCCCUCCCCUGUUUUAUAACACUCGUAAGAGUUCUGUAUGGCACAGAGAAUUGUGCCUUUGUCAGCCAUUGUAAAGAAAUGGUUCCAAGGGUAUGCCUGAAUUUACUAAAUCAACAGCAGGUGUUAGGGGAAGAAAGAAGACCUUUUCAGACAUUUAGCUUUUGCUUUUUAAGUAUCUUGAUUUAUGAUAAUAAAGGAGGGGAUGUGCCUUUUGCAGAAAAGAUGAUCAUGGGGUGGGGGUGGGGGACCAUGUAAAAUUAAGUCUCCUUUCUUUGCCCUUAUUACUCCCACAAACAUAAGUGGCCAAACAGGCUUCAUUAUAGCAUAGAUAACACUUGGGAAGACAAUUCAGGUAGCCUUGUACAGGAAAUUGUGAUGGAGUUUAAUGCAGCUUUUUGUUUUCAUUGAGUGAAAACUGUGUUUCCUUCCAGAGCCCUUGGAUGAGUGCAGUGCAUUUGUCCUUGGUCACUUCUGGGUCACGGACACUGCUCCCCUAGGUCAUAUCCUAGUCUCUCUUUACCAUUACCAACCAUUGGAAUAGGGCCCCCUGUAGAAUAGGACAGCUUCCCUGCUCACCGCCUGUCCCUUUUGUGCCUUUGAGGCUCUUCCUUCUGAAACUACUAGAAAUGGGCAGGAAUCAGCACAGUUGAAAUAUCCCACCAUCUUUACUAAGGCCAUAGAAACACUACCCCUGGUUUUCACUGUACCAAUCUGGUUCUGCUUUAUCUUAGCUUUUUCUAGGGAAGCACCUCUGGGAACACUUCUUCCCACCCCAUCUCCACCAACUGAUGUCAGGACUGGUCCUGACCGAUAUCCAGCACCUUUGUGUAAAUUAGAAAAGCCUGUCCUCUGGAUUCUUGCAGCCUUUUGGGCAGAUGGUUUGGCAAAUAUAGCUGGGACAGGUUCUUAGUCCUCACUUGACUACUCAGUAGGGCACCUUCCUGCAAACCACAAGGGACACAACCACAAAGCAGCCUCAGCUUGUGUGUUUGCCUCUCUUCAGGUACUGCUUCCUUCCUUGGGGGAUGCAGUGGUGCAGUGAGUGAAACUGGAGGCUGUUCUAUCUGGAAAUCACACCAGCGAGAUUUCUGUCUCGUUGGGUAUUCAAUUGGAGACUUAACCGAUUUUUUCCACAUGGGAAAGUCUUAGGUUAUCCUCUGACAGAUGGGAUUGUAAUCCUUUGUAGUUGGUUCUCAUUACAGAUAAUAUUUCUCAUAUGUAAUUCAAUACAUGAUCAUUAAGUUGAUUAACUGGCUAAUUUUUAUUGAAAUUUAAAACUUCCUGUAUUGAUUUUCAAGUGCAUGUGUGUGUACCCAUAUAAAUAUUUUUUACCAGAUGAAAAUAGCAGUAGCUAUUUUUCUGAUUUCCUGUUUUAUAAUGACAUGUGGGCUGGAAAAAUGUAAAACUUUUUUAUAUUCUAGAAAUAAUUUAUUUUGGAAGUACAUUUUUAUAAGGUUCUGAUCUCGUUUUUAGAUAACAAAAGCACAGUGAUGUAGGAUCUGAUUUAUUUGAACAGACGGGAGUAGGGACCCCCAUGGGUCACUUCAUUACAGCAUUUAGUCUGGGCAUUUUCAGUUGGUGCUUUUUGGGAAAUGGACUUUGCGUACCACUUCACUACAUAAAGGAGAGCAUUCUGAAGCUUUAUCCACAUAUAAAUUUGCAGCCCUCUCACAGGAAAGAAGAUUCCCAAAAUGUGGAGAGGAGAGGAGAAGAAUAGAGGCUGUGACUGACUUUUUCUAUACCUCACCCCUCAGCAGCAUCUUUCCUGAAAGGCUAGAUUGCAAGUUGGCCAUGAAUCAGGUCAAAGUGUUAAGUGUCAACAUGAAUUAUUUGCACUUUGUAGCAUCAACUAUUUCUCAAGUAUUAACUAAAACACGGCUUAUGUAAUUGGAUGGAGCUGAAUUUUAUAAGUAGAAAAUGUAGCAAAUCUUUUGGGGGAUUCUCAGAACUAUAAUACUUCUUAAGGAAUUGUGAAGAUUUCUGGAAGUCAUUAAAAUGGGAAAGCAAAAAGUGUCUGCUUUCCCCAUAUAGCGAGCUUUGGAAAAUAGUGUGUUAACACAUAGGUAAAUGCCAUGAAAUGAACAUAUUUUUAACAAAAGUUGGAGUAGGAUCAGAACUGUGUUGAGUAUUUGUGUACUCUAGAUUUUGAAGGACCUCACCACAGUUUAUUAAUAGUAGUAAUUAAUAAAGUUAUUUAAGCUUACUUUUUAAGGUAGGUUUUCUUGCUUUUUGAGGGACCAGAAAGAAGACGAUAUUAUAUUUAUGGUAUAUAGGAAAUAGAGGGAAAAAAUUAAAAACAAUAAAAGUAUACUCUAGUAGAUGAUAUUUUAUCUGCAACCCAAAACAUUUUGUGAACCCCUAUUAUGGCCCUGGUAGUGCAGUGGUGAAGAGCUUGGCUGCUAACUAAAAGGUUGGCAGUUUGAAUCCACCAGUGGCUCCUUGGAAACCCUAUGGGGCAGUUCUGCUGUGCCCCAUAGGGUCGCUAUGAGUCAGAAUCAACUCGACAGCCACAGGUUUUUGACUGUGGGCCAAAUGUUGAACUAAACUGAACACAACACUAUUAACCCCAAAAGCUUCAUCCAUCUUUCUUUAGGAUAUAUAAGCCAUUCCAGAAAAUGAAGAAAUGAUGCUGUCUGGCCUCUAGAAUAACUUUUGAAUCCCUGAAUGUCAGUAUAAGCAGAAAAUAAAACCUUGCUUAACAUGUUUUAAGUAUUAUAAGUCCUGUGUUAACAUUUUGUGUGUCUGCUGCUCUGGUUUUAAAACAGAUGUUGGUGUGUAGAUACAGAGAUGUUGGCAUAAAUUUUGUUAAAUAAAGCGUCUAAAAUUUUCUCUGCCCUUUCAUUUCAAAUGUUAAGCAAGAUGUCUAUUUAUUACACAGCCUAUCUUAUAUGAUACAUUUCUGAACCACAUAAAGGCAUCAUCAUACACAACGUAGGCGAUUUGAAUUCCACUGCAGUGUAUUUUGAAUUAGGUGCACUGGUGGUUAACCAUACAUAUCCUAAUGCGAGACCACAUUACUGUUUGUUUUGCUUUGGCUUAAAUUUGCAGGAGAUGCUGGUGUUGGCAGCAGCAGCAAUUUUCCUACUGUGGUCAAUAAUGGUCCUAGCAGAGAAUGUAGAUGGGCACUUAACCUGCCCUUCAUGUCUAGCCUCUCAAGUCGAGGUAAGGUGGGGCCUUGGGUGGAAGAGUUCCCAAGCAGUCUGUGGGCCUGCUGGGCUAUAUGAGAGUAGUUACGUGUUUGACUCCAUCUAUCAAACAUCAUACGGACCCCCGAGCACCUGAUUACACAUACAUUUUGGAGGGAGGUGUAUGAGAAUAUUUGGAGAGUGGGCUUAAUUCCCUCCUCGUAUUCCCAAGACCUAAGUAGUCAAAAG